UUCCCUCUCCGUUCCUUUUUCCCAUCUCUCCUCUUUCGUAUCCAAACAUGGUAUAGGCAUCCAAUCCAUUUCGCCCCGCUGCCCUCAUUUCAUGAAUAAACGGAGUCCCACCGCCAGAUAGGAGCUAGAGAGAGUGGACACGGACAGGGCUUCAGAACAUAACUCCAUGGCGUUUUAAAUUCUAACAGAUACAUAUUUAGAGAGAGAAAGAGAGACAGCAGCAGAGAUGUUUCUCACUCAACUCCCGAAAUUUCCCUCUCAAUUCCAUUUCUUCACCCCACCACCUGUUCUCUACACCUAUCUCUUCUUUUCCACCAAAUCUAAACUACCCAUCUCCGCCACACUCUCCUCCACACCCAAAAUCAGUCCAAUUUCUCAUUUCUCUUCAACACCAACCCUUCUUUCCCUUUCCUCACAGACCGAACUCCAAACCCCCCAAAAUCUCCCAAACCCAGAAGAGACCCCCACUGAAAUUUCGCUAGAAAAGCUCUUCGUCCCUCCUGAAACUGAUAUUUCAUCUGAAAAUACAUCACUGAGUACAAGAAUCUUGAAGGGUUCGAAUAUAGUGCUCAGUAGGUAUGCCAGAGAUGCUCAAGUGAUGCAAGCAGAGUUCGUGAAGAGCAGUGUGCGGACUGAGGAUUGUCCCUCUGAUGGGUGGCCGGAGUUUGCACUCGUCGGGCGGUCCAAUGUCGGCAAGUCGUCGCUGCUCAAUUCGCUUGUGAGGCGGAAAAAGCUAGCUCUCACGUCGAAGAAGCCCGGGAAGACACAAUGCAUCAAUCAUUUCCGGAUUAAUGAUAGUUGGUACCUGGUUGAUUUGCCUGGAUAUGGGUAUGCAUCGGCACCACAGGACCUCCGAAAAGAUUGGGAAAAGUUCACUAAAGAUUAUUUCCUAAAUCGUCCGACUUUGGUCUCAGUAUUCCUUCUCGUAGAUGCUAGCAUUCCUGUGAAACCGAUUGAUCUUGAAUAUGCAAGUUGGCUGGGUCAAAAUAAGAUUCCCAUGACGUUAAUCUUUACCAAAUGUGACAAGCGAAAAAAGAAAAAGAAUGGAGGGAAAAGACCUGAAGAAAAUGCGCAGGAUUUUCAGGAGUUGAUACGCGACUUCUUCCAAACAACACCGCCUUGGAUUAUGACCAGCAGUGUCACCAAUCAAGGUCGAGAUGAGAUACUAUUGCACAUGGCUCAGCUUCGGAACUACUGGCUCAAACAUUAACAGAAAUACAGAUCCACGCCUGUGUGUCUUUCCUAUUAGGUGCAUUUAGAGGAAAAACAUGAAGCCUUCGGAUCAAGCUAGAGUGAAGUGCAUCAUACGUUUGGACCAGUUCAAACAUAGACAAGGCGGCGAAAAACCACUAGAAGGGCUUGAUUUCGAAGUGAACUUAAAAGGUUACAAUGUGCUAGUUAAAAAUUUUGUUGUAAAAAAAAACACAGUUUAUCUGGUAGUAUUGUUUGUGUUGCAAUUGCAUGGGAACGUUUAGUUCCAAAGGCUGAACGGUUCUCUGGCAAAUAAAAAAGAAUGAAAUUCUGGCUGCGUUGUUUGUAUCGGAAUUGAAUUAAUUUUGUAUUAUGAAAUUUAUCGAUUUCAAAGUAA